UCAAAGGAUGGCUAAAGAAAAUGUCAUCUGGCUGACAGCUACCAACCUAGUCCUGGCUGACUGGAGUAAACCAGCAGAGGACCUGAGUGUAUGGGGUGGAUUAUAGUGUACGGGGUGGAUUUAAAUUCUCCAUAUCAACGUAUGAACUUGAAUCCAAAGAGACACCUGGGAACCACUGUUGGAUACAGUUUGACACAAGCAAAGAUGUUGAACCUGUGGCAUCUUUUAAUGGUGGUGGUGCUCCUGCAUGAAGGGUCGAAGGGGACCCUUGUAAAGCUCAACAAUGGUGGAUUUGAGGACGUUGUUAUUGGAAUUAACCCUGGGCUACCUGAAGAUAACAAAAUCAUUAACAACAUACAAGAUAUGGUUAAAGAGGCUUCAUCUUAUCUCUUUAAAGCUUCAGAGCAGAGGUUUUAUUUCAAGACUAUAAAAAUUGUAAUACCUUCAACAUGGACAUCAAAACCUGAAUACAGAAGAGUCACCAGAGAAUCCUAUGAUAAUGCUGAUGUCAUAGUGGCAGAACCUUUCCUGAAAUAUGGAGAUGAUCCCUACACCUUGCAGUAUGGAGGAUGUGCUAAACAGGGACGCUACAUUCAUUUCACUCCUAACUUCAUGACAAAUGACAGUUUGCGUGAUUUUUAUGGAUCACGAGGCAAAGUCUUAGUCCAUGAAUGGGCUCAUCUCAGAUGGGGUGUCUUUGAUGAAUACAAUAAAGAUGCACCUUUCUAUUCUACUGGGGGAAAAAAGGCUGAAGCAACAAGAUGCUCAGCUGAUAUCACUGGCCAAUAUAUAUUCCAAACUAGUAUGGGAAAAACCAGAAAAUGCAAAAUUGUUCGUGAAACUCAGCUUUAUGAGCCUGGAUGCCAGUUUAUUCCCAACAAAAAGCAAAAAUCUCCAGCAUCAAUAAUGUACAUGCAAAGUCUCUCUUCAAUUACUCAAUUCUGUGACAAAAGUAGUCAUAACAUUAAGGCACCAAAUAUGCAGAACAGAAUGUGCAGCUACAGAAGCACGUGGGAAGUGAUUAUGAACUCCACUGAUUUUGCCACUUCAUCUCCAAUUAGUACACUUCCUCCUGAACCCACUAUUUCCUUGAUGCAAAUGCGGGAGAGAACUGUGUGUCUAGUACUUGAUGUUUCUGGAAGUAUGAGUAGGAAUAAUCGGAUUUCUCGUCUGAAGCAAGCAGCAGAACUAUUUAUUCUCCAGAUUAUUGAAAUGGGAUCCUGGCUUGGAAUUGUAACAUCCAAUAAUGAAGCAACAAUAAAGACUGAUUUGCAACAUAUUGUCAAUGACAGUGUGCGCCAAAGUCUUACAGGCUAUCUUCCUAUUACAGCAAGUGGUGGAACUAACAUAUGUGAUGGAGUGCUCACAGGAUUUCAGGUGUUUUUACAAAAAUAUACGAGUACAGAAGGCUGUGAAAUUGUGCUUUUGACAGAUGGAGAAGAUACGGCUGUAAGCUCUUGUUUUCCUAAGGUUCGAAGCAGUGGGUCUAUAAUUCAUACCAUUGCUUUGGGUCCAGAGGCUGCAAAAAACCUAGAAAAACUGGCAGAGAUGACAGGAGGUUUGAUGUUUUCUGUCACUGAUAGUUUGGAUUCCAAUGGCCUCAUAGAUGCUUUCAGUGGGAUAUCAUCAGGAAGUGGAAUCAUCAGUCAACAAUCUAUUCAGCUUGAAAGUAAGGGAGAAACCAUUGGUCCCAUGAAAUGGCUGGAUGGUACUAUAAUUAUUGAUAAAACUGUGGGAAAUGACACUUUCUUUCUGAUUACAUGGAGUGCGGGCAAAAAAGCACCAGGGAUUUUUCUGACAGAUCCCAAAGGAAAGAAGUACACUACCACAGACUUUGCAGUUGAUAACACUAAUGUUCGAACAGCUAGGCUGAAGAUUCCUGGAACUGCAAAGACAGGAAACUGGUAUUAUUCAAUUCUGAAUACACACACAGCAGCUCAAGUCAUUUCGAUAACAGUUACCACCCGAGCAGCAUCUGCAAAUGUUCCUCCAGUGACUGUGAAAUCCUACAUAAGUAGUAAUAGCAACAACUUUCCAAAUCCAAUGAUCAUUUAUGCAGAGGUCACCCAGGGGUUUUUGCCUGUUGUUGAUGCAAAUGUCAUAGCCACAGUUGAAUCAGCAUCUGGGAUAUCUUCAGACCUAGAGCUCUUUGAUAAUGGUUUAGGUGCUGAUAUUAUAAAGCAUGAUGGAAUCUAUUCAAGGUAUUUCACAUCUUUCAAAGAAAAUGGCAGAUACAGCAUCAAAGUACGUGUACAAGGAAAAGACAAGACUGUUAGAAGAACUCGUAGGCAAAGUCAAGCUAUCUAUGUACCGGGUUAUGUAGACAAUGGUGUAAUAAUAUUGAAUCCCCCAAGACCUAACACUACUGUAGAUGAAAACCCAAACAUAGGAUCUUUCAACAGAACAACAUCAGGAGGUUCUAUUGUGGUAACAGACGUUCCUACUGUAAUUCCCUCAGAUGUCUUUCCUCCAAGUAAAAUCACCGACCUUCAGGUUGACUUUAAUGAUCAUGAAUUCUUUUUGACUUGGACAGCUCCUGGGGAUGAUUAUGAUUCAGGAAAAGCUGAAAGAUAUGAAAUAAAAAAGAGUGAAAACCCCUUGGAAUUAACAGAUGCUACAUUUCCUAAAGCCACCUCUGUGAACACUUCUGAUCUGAUACCUAAAGAUGCUGGAGUCAAAGAGUUCUUUUGGUAUAAGCCAGAGAACUUUUCCAAAAAAAAUGCCGCCUCGGUCUAUUUUGCCAUUCGUGCCAUUGAUGACAACAACAAUGUUGGAGAAGUAUCUAAUAUUGCAAAGGUGUCUCUGAAUCUUGAUGUAUUGCCUAGUACUCCUACUAGUUUCACUACUACUGCUCCUAAAAACAGUUCAUCGAAUACUUUUACCACAACUAUGAUCAUAGUUUGUCUCCUUGUAGUUAUUAGUGCCAUUGUUCUCAUAACGAUAUAUACUUCACGUAAGCCAAGAAACAGGCGUCCUGAGACUAACAUAUAA